CGCUGGACUGUUGUUCGGGUGAUGGUCCCGGGUUCAUACCCUGCCCGCUGCCGUCGUCCCGAGGAGGGUUGGACUACGCUAAAGAUUAUUUUAAACUGGGAAGAAACACCCGAAACAUCUCCAAAACAUUUAGUCUGGACUGAUUGUUAUAUAGGCUAGUGUGUAUAUCUCCACUAAGUAGGCUGACAGUAAGGGUUGUAUUGAUCUAGUUCAAGCCAUCCUGGAUUCUAGUUAGUGCUACAUGCUAGUAUUGCAUUAUUGUUUUUUGUAAAAACGGGCAUCACAUCUCCUGCCUGUAUCUCUGAUAGUAUUCAAUUGUUUUCAACAAGCGUUUGGUGAUAUAAAUAUGGUUUUGUUUCUUAUGUUUUCCUGUGUGAUUUUCAUUAAAGGGGUGAACACAGUAGGAGUCACUGAAAUGGAGCGCCUGUACUCUGAUCUUUUCGCUAGGUACAAUCCGGAAGUGCGUCCAUCUUUGAACUCUAGCCAGACGACAGAAGUGACCGUCCAAAUGAGCCUGGCCCACAUCAUGGACCUGGACAUUAAGCAACAAGUAUUACAUCUAAUUGGCUUUGUAUCUUUGAGAUGGACAGACCAGAAGUUGACCUGGACCCCGGGCAUGUAUGGAGGUAUAGAUCAUCUAUUUGUCAGACAAAAUCAAGUCUGGAAGCCAGAUAUAGCAGUCAUCAACUCUGUUUCAGACAAAGUGUAUGUAGGGGACAAAGAAGUUCUGGUCGUUGUGACAUCUAACGGCAGUGUCACGUGGGAGCCAGUCAUAAACAUGCAAGUCACGUGUCAGGUGAACAUCUUAAAGUACCCCUUCGACGAGAGUAUAUGUGGACUGGAACUGACCUCCUGGAUGUAUUCUGAAGAUUCUGUUCCGCUUCGGAUUACCAAGACCCCUUUAAGAAUGGUCAUGGCUGAGCACAGCCAGUACCGUGUCAAGUUCCAUAAUGCUGAAAUGUUCAAAAUAAACCAUCAUGGCGCAUUUUACACGAGACUAAACUUCCUGUUCAAGUUAAGCAGACGAGCGAGUUAUCUCGUGCUGAUACUUGUACUUCCUGUCACCCUGCUGGCCAUAUUGUGUGUCGUUUCUUUCAUGCUGUCACCGGAAGUGCCAGAGAAGACAUCUUUAGCCAUCACCAUACUGCUGGCCUACACUGUGUAUCUAGAUAUUGUGGACAAGGAACUACCAGAAAUAUCAGUCCAAAUAUCACAUUUCGUAAAAUAUCUGACAGUUUUGCUAUUUUUGUCUUUCUUCUGUGUAACCGGAAACGCCAUAGUCUUCGUCGUCCAUAAACGAGGCAAAGCGCGCGAGCUUGCUACUCUGACUCAGGAAGUGACAUCAGUUACACACUUUUCAGACGACUCAACAGUGAAACCAUCUCCGAAUCAAUCCGGCAUUCAUUCUGCAGACGUGAACAUGUCCGGAUGUAAAGGACGUAGGCUUCAGUGGAGACGCAAGACCAAAGCUGAGAAAAUGAACUUCAUCUUUUUAGUCCUGAAUUCUGUUUUAUUAGCUCUUGCCAUAUCUGGAUAUUUCUUUUCAGUUCUGUGAGAUUUGUUUAACUCUUUCUCUCCGUAAUUAGUUUCCUGGUUCCGAUAGAAUGAUUCCUUUGGCUCAUUUGUAUUUCACUAUCCUGUUAAGAUUAAACUUCAAUGGCGUUUUUGUUUGUUCUCAGAGAAUGUUAUAUUUGGUAUUGAAUUGUAGGGGAAUGCUUGCUCUUUUUACACUGCACAAAUUAAAGAUUAUAAAUUCAAAAAUCAAUUCAGUUUAAUGGGGUCAAAAUUAACGUUGGCAUCGUCAUCGUGGGAAGCGUGGUCGAGAGGUCAAGUGGGGGGGGGGGGGGGCUCGAGGUUCGACACCCGACUCGGGCAGAGUUGUGUUUAUUGAGCGCCUAAAGGCAGCGCGGAAAACCCCCUCCCCCCACUGGUCCACAAAUGAGAUUGGACCUAAAGCGAUAAGAGCAUGCUAUAAGCAUGAAAGUAGCGCUAAAUAAAAGCUAUAAUAAUAAUUAGGAGAGAAAGAGUUAAAACCUAUGGUGAUAAGAAAGCUUACUUAAGCAUUCUGUUGAUCCGCUUUUGUUAAACGGACUAAAUUGUAAGUCUAAAUUGUAUUUUAAUCUCCCAGACUUCUUUUACAUGUAUUGAAAAUACAAUCUGUGGACAUAGACUGAAAGCUGUGGACAUAGACUGAAAGCUGUGGACAUAGACUGAAAGCUGUGGACAUAGACUGAAAGCUGUGGACAUAGACUGAAAGCUGUGGACAUAGACUGAAAAAAUAAACAUCAGAGAAUCAUGCCGCAAGGGCACACCUGUAUUGUCUUUGUGUUUGCUUGACGGCAUUAUGUUUGUCACAAUGGAUGCUGAAAAAUAAAAAAUGUUAGACUCGAUUAUGUCAACAUAGCUUCCAGAUGUAGGUAUUUUUUCAAAGAGUACUGUAAUCACAGGAGGCGCGGUAACUGAGUGGUAAAGCGCUUGGCUUCCGAACCGGGGACCGGGGUUCGAAUCCUGGUGAAGACUGAUAUUUUUAAUUUCGGGAUCUUCGGGCGCCUCUGAGUCCACCCAGAUCUAAUGGGUAUCUGACAUUAGUAGAGUAAAGGCGGUUGGUCGUUGUGCUGGCUACAUGACACCCUCGUUAACCACUUACUGUAAUUUACUGUAAUCGCUAACAGGAUAAGAGGCAAAGGCGGGCUACUGGCGCCCUAACCCUAACCCAAACCAGUAAGGCAGGAGGGGCUCAACCCAAGCUGGGUGAAGAGCCUCCCUCGGCGCCGAUUCCCUACUGGACUUUAUCGAAGGUUACCCACCUAGGAAGAAAACCUCUGAGUCCACACCUCUGUUGCCUUGCGGCUAUACCCAAACAUAGGAAACGUUUCCGGAGUCAGGAGCUGGUGAUACUUAGGCAGCUUGCAGCACACAGAAGUUACAUCCUGACAGAAACUGCAAUGCCGCUGACCCCAAAACUGUAUCGGAAACCUGCCUUUCCUUUUGGAUACAUCAGCUGCGUGGAGAGAGGGGAAACUGCUGUGUAGGCGACAUCGUUACGACCAUAGCUAAUGCCCAGGCAUUCAUUUCUCUCAGUAGUACUAUAGUCUUGUUAACAGAAUACUAAUAUACCUAGGAUAACUUGAAUUG